UCGUGUUUGACGAGACUGUGUUUAAACUACUACUUGCUGGCGUACUUUUCGAAAAUGGAUAACAUUUAUUGGUUGCACGACAUCGAUAUUUCAUAUAUUGUUUAUUUGAUGACUUGUGUGCAUUUUAUGUGAGAGCUAAGAGACACAAUAACUUGAUUUAUAGUAGUCCUUAUAUCGAGGUCGGAGAGGAUUUGUUUUGGUUUGACAGACUGCUUUUCCCGCCUAAGUCAAUGAUAAUAAGACUUUUGUUCUUCGACCAAAGGACAGAAGACUGCCAUUAUUGAGCUUGUUUAACUCAUUGGGUUAAUUAAGAAAACACAAAGAAAAUGCGAUCACAUCAAAAGGUGCGAGCAAGUUUCGGGAUGUCACCCGUAAAACGUCGUAGUGACAUUCCCCCAAUUUUAGCAGAAACUCCAGUUAGUGCUAGCCAUUAUCCAGGUGUAUCAGAUGGGACUCCUAUAAAUGAUGAUGUCUUUAUGGAUGUACCAGAGAAUAAUGAUGAAAAGGAAAAGAAAGAACGUCAGCUUAACCGUCUGCAGCAGCAGAUACAAGCACGAACAUUUUCAUCACCCUCUGCCACUCCUUCAGAUAGACGCAAAUCUUUAAGCACUGUUGCUGGUCUUACAAAUCAGGAGUUAUCUGAGCAUUAUUCUAAAUGCAUUCAACUCAAUGCUGAAAAUAAAAUCAGUGUGAAGAAUGCAUUUAACCUCCAGCUUAUUGAUUAUAUGUCCGAAAUGCUUAAAAGGAAGGACUCUGACAUGAAUAAUUUCCAGGUUGCUAGCUGUACCCUGGAUGCAAGCACCAAAAUCUAUGCCUAUCGUGUUGACAGUGUUCACACAGAUACAUUGAAAAUGGCUGGUGGUCUUGGAAGAACCCAAGAUAAAGAAAAAAAGGAUGGUGAUGGUGAAAUGGUUGAAGAUGAAAGAGGGAUUUCAAAAAGAAAAUCAAAGACCAAGAAGAAAGCAGUGAUAGAAGCAAACUUAAGAAACAUAAACAUUAAUCAGUUUGACUUGGAAUUUGAUGUUGAUCCUUUGUUCAAAAAAAUGACGACACAGUUCGAUGAAGGAAGUUCAGGCAGAGGGCAGUUCUUGAACACACUCCAGUUAAUGGAUGAUACUUGUCAGAUGAUGUUGGAUGCAGAAACAAUUCUGAACUUUGAUAACGAUGCUGUCCCAGUUAUUGAUGCAAGAAUACCACUAGCAAAGCUGUCAGAUUUAAAAGAAAAGUUGAUAUGUCCAACAUUCUCACAAUUUGAAUUUACAAAAUGGAAAGUAGGUGAUCAAGAUCCAUUUCUUGAUAAUUCAAGAAUGGAUCACAACAAACAGGAAGAGGAAAAUGACCAUAAAUUUGAUGUUGAUGCUGUUCCAGAACCUUUAGAUGAUGAACCAUUUGAUGAAGAUGCUUUUGGAAUGGAAACAGCAGGUGAUAUCUUGGAAGAUGGGGAGAAUGGUACAGUGAUUACUGUUGGCCAAGGAGGUUGUCACAAAAUUCCACCUUUAAUGGAGGCAGUUCAUUUAAAAGAUCAUCUGUCAGCUAAUCCUUCUGAAUAUUCAUACUUUGAUCAGCAUAGAAUGACGGCUUGGGCUGGCCCACAGCAUUGGAGAUUGAAACCAUUGUCUAAAGUUAAAAGUGAUAUAAAUCCUGAGGAUGCCAAAAGAAGAAAGAAAACCUUCAUUACUCUGGAAUAUUUAGAAGAUAAUUCAAUCAAUAGAUUCUUUGAGCAAACACGGAAAACAACAAAAUUAUCUCACAUAACUUUGAAGUCAUGGAGUAGUGCCAAAACAACACUUCCAAUAGAUCUUCAUUAUGAUGCAAGAAACUUUACCAAAUUACAUGGUCGCCCUGCAAUUGUUGUAAGAAGACAGAGCAAAGCUGCAGCAGUGGACGAUAGCGUAACAGAUUAUAAUUAUGAUAAUCCAAAUGAUAGGGACAAUUACUGUGCUGAUAUGGAUGAUGCUGCUAGUAAUUAUGGUGACCAAACUGUGGGUUAUGACAUGACAGAAAUAUUUAGCCAAACUGUACUUAAUGCUCCAGCAUUGUCUGCUGAAAAUGACAAGUGUACUGGAAAUUUGUUUGACAAUUUAGUUGCAGCACCAAAUAAGGUGGCAAAAAUUAAUAUAGGCUAUGCAAGACAAGCCAAGAGGAUUGACAUGAAGAAAUUGAAGGGCACCAUGUGGACAAUGUUGAGUGAUACAUCUAUCAAUAAGGAAAAUGAAAGAGGAUUGGAGAACCAAGCGGUAAUAACUAGAGAACCAAGAGAUCAGAUGGAACAAGGAUACACAAUAACAUUUAACAAGUUGUUUAAUACAUUGCCUUCAAAACUCUCUGCAAAAAUGACUGAAAGUUUGUCUGUACCAUUAGCUUUCAUUGCUCUUCUUCAUCUAGCUAAUGAACAUAAUUUAAAACUUAGCAGUCAAGGGGAGUUACAAGAUUUUGUUAUAUCCCAAGGGUAAAAUUUAUUUUCAUGUUAGGAUUUUAACUUCACUGGUUAUUACAUUGUAACGUGCAAGUACCUGAUGUAUAUAUAAACUUUAAUAUUGCUUAUCGUUAUUGCAAUGAAGAUCAACUUUCAUUCUUAGGUUACUUUGUAGUUAGAAGUUGUAAAAAAUGAGAAUUUUGUCAUCUUUUUAACCUAGCAUUUCCCAUUUCCAUAACUUUCUUGUUUCAAGUUACUUGAAUUUAAUUGCAUAUCAUUCUGAAGGGUUUAAAUGGUUCUUAGUUAGUACUUAGUAAUGAGACUAGUUUUUAAUUACAUAUUAAUUCAAAUUUAUCACUUUACUUAGAAUGCAAUAUCUCUUCAAAUAUAGUCUGUUUAGAGUUAUGUAUUUUAUAUUCUGCUAGAAUGUUUUCGUGUGAUCGGAGUUUUGAAUGUUCUUAUCUUAUGAACUGUCUUGUCACAUUUAUCCAUUAGUGUUAUUGCAAGCAUUUUUGGGUUUUUUUGAUCAUCAUUAGUUAUUUUAUCUUUUUGUUCGAUGUUAAUUUUAACUUUUUUGUGUCUUGUUUUAAAACAAUUCUUCAUGUUUUACUAAUACAGAAUAGAGGAGUUUCUAUUUCCAUGGAAGAAAUUUAUGCAUGAUUUUUGAUAGAUAGACUUGUGGUGAUGGUUGACUGCUAUUUAUGAUGACUAAUGUGGUAGGAGAGAAAAGCAGCUUUUUUAUGUUUUAUUUCCUCAUUCCAGAGGUAAAUUGGUUUUGAUUUGAAAUAUCUCCCCAUACUCCUGUCCUGUGUGCUUUUUUAUAUUAAUUCCCUCCAAGUCAAGAUUUUCACCUAUGCAAUCUUUUCAUUUUUUUGUGGGCCUUCCUGCUGGUCUUUCUCAUGCUGUUUAUGUCUACUGUUUAUUAGAUUAGCUAAUUGUUCUUCAGUCUGUUUUGUCAUAUUUCUAAAUUGUCUUAGUCUUUGAGACCUGUCUAUUUUCAGCUGCUGUGUCCUUGAUCUCUACAACCUCAUUUGUAUUAUGAUUAUCCUACCCCAUUUUGUCCAUGCAUCUGUUAUGAUAUCUUCCCAAAAUA